UCACUCGCCACUAUUUUUGCCGCCAAUUUAUUUAAUUUGUUCUUAUUUUCUCCUCUUCCUUUUGCACCUUAUGCUUGCCUUCAUACUUCAACUAUACCAACCAUUCAGGUGAAAUCCUCUAUUUUGGUCGGACAAGAUCGACUGAUGGAUCUAAGUUCUGGCACCAGAAUAAAUAACGUUCAAAAUCCGACAGUCUCUCACCUCCAGAUACCAUUCACUAGCUGUGAAAACUGUGAUACCGCCCUUCUGGGACCAAUCAGUUCGUCUUCUAUCCUAGGAUUCGGGCCCAAAGCGAUUUCUGGUCUGGUCGUUUCAUCUGAAAACAAUUCUCGUAAUCAUGAAGUCGGACCUCGAAUCUUAACACUUACGAAUCCGAACAUAGAUCUGGCUAUGGCAUCGUUAUCAGAUGGAGACAAUAGCAUGAGGAAUCUCAGCCCGGCGAAUCCUGAAGUCGAUUUGUCUUGUGAGACAGAAACUGCGCCUCAAAUAUCGGAGGGAACUUCUGCCGAUAACCUAUCUAGCCGAGAGCUGGUCGCAAGCUUUGUGCCUCAGGCCAGUGAGACUGAUUUUACGGACGAAGAGCUAGCUAUGAUGCACCAGCUGAUCAGACAGCGACACUCCUCUAGCACCCCACCUUCCAAUCUCCCUGCCUCUGCUUUAUCAUCUUCAGCUUCUUCAACUUCCCCAUCCUCUCCAGCCCCUGUGUGCCACUGGAGUCAACCACUUAUCCCUCAGGAGCUAGAAGCCCACUGUGAUGAUAAUUUGGUCGACUGUUAUGUGUUAAGAGACGACAAUCAUUCAGACGCAUGCGUAACGAAGAGGAGCAAGGAAGAAGCCUUCGUGCCACAAGACAGAGAUCAUCAAUUUCCGCACUUCAGAAAAGGAAAUAAAGGUUGCAUCGAGGAGGGUCCUUCAAACGAAGCAGAAGAGAUGAUGGGCUUGCAUCAAAUAGACGCUCGGCCAUGCAAAGGGUCUUUUAUAAACUCGCGCCACGCUGCUUCUCUGGCUGGUUCGCCAGAAGCCUACAGCGCCGAUUGGCCAAAGUUACAGCACGAAUGUGUUCCAGCCUCACAGGUUGGCACAAUGCGAUUGCCAAUAUCCUCCAUAAUGGCUUCUGCACCUGUGCUGACGAUCAGAGAUGAAAUAUGUGAAGAGGAGGUCAAAGCCAGAGUCCUUCCAACGGUAAUAACUGGGAGAGCAAGGCUCAAUGAAAACAUUGGCCAAAAUGACCCUGAGGAUUGCAUCAAUCGAAGAGAUGCCCCAAUGCCCACAAUAGCAUCAGCCGUGUCAAUGGUUGGAAGUGGACGAGAGCUGGAGAUGGAAGAGAAUGACGUGCGGGGCGUGGAUAGUAUAAAGAACGCUUCGGAUGCUCCUGAGCUCCUCAGUCCCAGCGAACCAGUCUCUCUUCCAACAAUUAACUCUCUCAAUAGACACAAAGGAUACCGGAGUCGCAUGAAGUUAGUCAUUUAUAUAGAAUUUCGGUUAACUUUGCAUCUCAGCCUUCGUUUUGUCGGAUUUUAUGGAAUUUCUGAUCCAGAUUAUCUUUGA